GGCAGAGAGGGGUCGUAUAAGAGGGCGUUCUCCGCUGUCCUGGACUGCAUGGCAUGAUCAUCGUCUGAUUUCAUCAUCAUCAUCAUCAUACAACAGCUGAUUGAUAUCUUACAUCUAUCAUGGGCGAAUCCAAGUGUCCCUUUCAGAAGCGUGGAUCCGCCAAUAUCGGCGGUGGAGGCACUCGCAACACCGACUGGUGGCCUGAUCAGUUAAGACUCGACAUCCUUCGCCAGCAUUCGGCCGCGUCGAACCCCCUCGCUCCUGACUUUGACUACACCGCCGCGUUUAACAGUCUCGACUACUAUGUGGUCAAGAAAGAUCUCAAUGAUUUGAUGACCGACUCUCAGGACUGGUGGCCCGCGGAUUUCGGUCACUAUGGUGGCCUGUUCAUCCGCAUGGCCUGGCAUAGUGCCGGGACCUACCGGGUCUUUGAUGGCCGGGGUGGUGGUGGCCAAGGGCAGCAACGGUUUGCGCCGCUCAACAGCUGGCCCGACAAUGCCAGUCUGGACAAGGCUCGUCGUCUGCUGUGGCCCAUCAAGCAGAAGUAUGGGGCCAAGAUUUCCUGGGCGGACUUGAUGCUGCUGGCCGGCAAUGUGGCCCUCGAGUCCAUGGGCUUCAAGACCUUUGGGUUCUCUGGUGGCCGGGCGGAUACCUGGGAGGCGGAUGAGUCGGUCUACUGGGGGGGUGAGACCACCUGGAUGGGCAACGACAUCCGCUAUGCUGAUGGCUUUCCGGGUGUCACCAAGCAUGGAGCUCUGUCUGGAGAUGAGCCAGCCCAUCUCAACAUUCAUACGCGCGAGCUGGAGAAGCCCCUGGCCGCAUCACACAUGGGCUUGAUCUAUGUCAACCCCGAAGGUCCCGAUGGCAAGCCCGAUCCGGUGGCCGCGGCGCGCGAUAUCCGCACCACCUUUGGGCGCAUGGGCAUGAACGACGAGGAGACCGUUGCCCUGAUCGCCGGCGGCCACAGCUUUGGCAAGACCCACGGCGCGGCCCCCUCCGACAACGUCGACGUCGAGCCGGCUGCUGCCGAUCUCGAAGCGCAAGGACUGGGCUGGAACAACAGCUACCAGACCGGCAAAGGUCGCCACACCAUCACCAGUGGUCUGGAAGUGACCUGGACCAAGACUCCGACGCAAUGGAGCCACGAAUUCCUCCAGUACCUAUUCCGCUUCGAGUGGGAACUGACCAAGAGUCCGGCGGGGGCCAGUCAAUGGCAGGCCAAGGAUGCCGACGACAUCAUCCCGGAUGCCUACGAUGCAUCGCAGCGCCACAAGCCGAAGAUGCUGACCACCGAUCUAUCGCUGCGCUAUGAUCCCAUCUACGAGAAGAUCUCGCGGCGCUUCCUGGAGCACCCGGAUCAGUUUGCCGACGCCUUUGCCCGCGCCUGGUUCAAGCUGCUCCAUCGCGACAUGGGCCCCCGCACCCGCUACAUUGGCCCGGAGGCCCCGACCGAGGAUCUAUUGUGGCAGGAUCCCAUCCCGGCGGUCGAGCAUCCGCUGGUGGAUGCAGCCGACAUUGCCAAGCUGAAGCGCACCAUCCUGGACACGGGGGUGGAGGGAUCCAAGUUGGUGUCCACGGCCUGGGCCUCGGCCUCGACCUUCCGCGGGACCGACAAGCGCGGCGGUGCCAAUGGCGCCCGGAUUCGUCUGGCGCCGCAGCGUCAAUGGGAGGUCAACAACCAGCCGUGGCUGGACGAGACCUUGUCCACUCUGGAGCGCAUCCAGCGGGACUUUAACGGUGCGACGUCCAAGAAGAUUUCCCUGGCCGAUCUGAUUGUCCUGGCGGGCUGUACGGCCGUGGAAAAGGCCGCUCAGGAUGCCGGUCACACCAUCACCGUUCCCUUCACCCCGGGCCGAACAGACGCCACCCAAGAGCAGACGGACGUCGAGUCCUUCUCGCACCUCGAGCCCGUGGCCGACGGGUUCCGCAGCUACGGACGGUCCACGACCCGGGUGCGCGCAGAAAAGUAUCUCGUCGACAAGGCGCAUCUGUUGACGCUGACCGCGCCAGAGAUGACGGUCUUGGUGGGUGGUUUGCGCGUGCUCAACGCCAACUAUGAUGGCUCGGCCCAUGGCGUGUUCACUUCCACCCCCGGACAUCUGACGAAUGACUUCUUCGUGAAUCUCCUGGACAUGGGCACCGCGUGGAAGGCCACGGAUGCGGCCCGCGAUGUCUACGAGGGCACGGAUCGACAGACGGGCGCGAAGAAGUGGACGGCGACGCGCGCGGACUUGGUCUUUGGCUCGCAUGCGGAAUUGCGGGCAGUGGCCGAGGUAUAUGGUAGUGUGGAUGGACAGGAUAAGUUUGUUAAGGACUUUGUGGCGGCGUGGGAUAAGGUGAUGAGUUUGGAUCGGUUUGAUUUGAAGGCGUAGCUGCGUGAAGUGUAUAUGAUUAUGGAUGGACUUGCUGCAUGAAUUAGUAUAUAUGAUUAAUGGAUGAAUUAUUUGGACUGAGGCUACAGAGACACCCCAAU